AUGAUUGCGUACCAUAUAUUCUAUGAGUUUUCACUAUCCGACCCAGUCGAUGACAAGACUAAGAACCACAAGUUUUACGCUUGUUCAUCUUUCGGUCCUGACUUCUCCCAAAUGCCCGCUUCGGCCGUAAAGGUUGCUGCCGGAAAUUCUGUUGAUGUUGAGUUCGAGGUGGGCUGGUGGAAGGAAGAGUUUGGUCUUGCGGAUUCGGGGAUUCGAGGAUUCGGUCUCUCGUCAGACAACUUCGUCACUAUGCUGAAAAUGGCCAUGGAGCCACGGAUAGGCCCUUCUUUAUUUACGGACAAUCUGGCCAGGCUACCAUCGGUCUCUAUAUAG